AUGGCUACCAUCCUUGCUGGGUCACUUCCCUGGCAUGAUGGCGAGAGGAAGAUGCAGAAUCUGCUCAAAGUUCCGUUUGCACCCAAUCCAACUGUGCCUUAUCUCUAUCCUGGAGCCGCAUUCCUGGUACAGAGGUCUCCUUUAAUGGCCUUGGGCACAAUAGAUGAGGAAGGCCGACCAUGGGCGACUGUGUGGGGAGGAGAGCCUGGCUUUGCCGCCCCUGCUUCGCAGUCUACUGUCGAUAUUAAAACUCCAGUAGAUAGUCGAUAUGAUCCUGUCGCAGAGUUGCUACUAAGAGCCUCCACGAAUGAGGACAAUGUUCCCGCAGGGACCGCUGGCCAGCCUGUCGCCGGGUUGGCGAUCGAUCUGGAGACUCGUAAAAGGGUGAAACUUCAUGGAAGGAAGAUUGCUGGAUCACUGGACGCUGAUAGCCAUGAAUCGGGUCAAGAUUGCCAAGGUCAAAGCGAAAGAGGAAUGGCGCACCUCUCUCUGUUCAUCCAGGGGUGUCUCGGCAACUGUCCCAAAUACCUGAAUAAGAAGAAGAUAAUCCCAGCUCUACCUGAUCCGAAACUGAUUUCUGACACUCCCCAGCUACCACCAGCUGCAGUUGAAUUACUCAACCGAGUAGAUUGCAUGUUUGUCGCCUCGACUCAUGGUACUGAAGACAUGGACACCAAUUUCCGCGGCGGGCCUCCAGGCUUUGUACGACUAAUGAGCAACGGACCUAAUGGUUCUGUUUUCGUAUAUCCUGAAUAUUCUGGCAAUAGAUUAUACCAGACUCUGGGUAACUUUCAGACGACUCCUCUCGCAGGAUACGUUUUCCCAGACUUUGACACAGGAAACGCGCUCUAUGUCACAGGGACCCCUGAGAUCUUGAUUAGCAAAGAUGCGGCUGAUCUGCUUCCACGAUCAAACCUAACUGUCAAAGUGACAGUCACGUCCGCUCGCUUCGUCGAGAAGUCACUCGGCUUCAGAGGAAUUGCGGGCCCGCCCUCUCCAUACACCCCAAGUGUACGUUACCUGGCCACAGAAAGGGUCAAUCGGGUCGCUCAGUUUAGUGACGAUGUCUCUGUUACGGCUACCAUGAUUGCAAAAACGAUCCUUACUCCAAGCAUCGCUCGUUUCCGCUUUCGAAUUUCAGAUCCAUCCAAAAUCGGGACCUGGGCUCCUGGCCAGUACGCCACCUUCUCGUUUCAGGAGGAGUUGGACCUGGGCUACUGCCAUAUGCUCGAUGACGCUGAAUGA